CCAAGUCCAGCUUUGAAAGUGCAGACAUAAGUAAUUGCACCGCUUGACAAGGGCAGAAUGAGCCGUUUGCGUUUUCUUAUACGCACUCAGUAAAAUGUGGCCCCAGUUAAACAUGACUUAUUAUGGCAGUCAGUUCAGGACGUGUGGGAUAAAAAUGCCAUUAAAAUGUUUCCUGCUGAUCCGGCUGGAUGUGACCGGCGAGAUCUGUUAAAAGCUCCUUGUGAUUGCUGGCGCGUUUCAUCUCAAUGCAACUUUGACACAUCUCACUUUUGUUUUGACUUGCCCUAGGUGUGGGCACAUAAAAUUGUCCUCUUCCACCCCACCCCCAGUCCCCUGGAUUUACAGACAAUUGUUUCUCGGCUCUCCUUUCCCACAUCACGAUAGAGUGGCAAUCGUGAUAUUGUGAUCGUUUAUCCCCCCCGCCCCCACCAACCACCAGGAGUUAUUUUUUCUCUCUCCGAGCUUUAGAAUCCCGUUUAACACGAGAUUUGAACCGUUGUCGUCUUACGGGGAAGUAGUCUGAACUUUGCCGGGAGUUACUGAAGUUAUUUAAUGAGACCAUCUAUUGUGCCUAAUGAUGUAAUCAUUUAUCGAAGGCACUCCAAAGAAGCUUUGUUACAUAAGAGAUAUGGUCCGGAAAAAGAAUCCACCAUUGAGAAAUCUUGUGAGCCAAGAGGAAGGUGAAGAUUGCCAGCUCCCUGGGGCAGAGAGUGCCGUCAUUCAGAAGACUGUUGUACGAUCGGGACCCCCGGACCCCAUGCAGGAACAUAACAGCCAGCAAGAUGCACUAGAGUCUGUCAGCAAGGAGGAACAUUGUCUGCGUGUCGCAGACGGAGCUAGCAUCAAAAGCGACUUGAAAAGCCCCGCACUGGGCGAAGGGAAUGGCUUCAAUUAUAAAAGCCACAAGAAGGGAGGAAAUGUUCCAUCCUUCCCGCAAGAUGAGGUGACAGACAGAAAUAUGUCUGCGCUCUCAUCCCAGGCUGCUAGCGGAUUCUGCGAGGGAUGCAAGUCUCCGAGCAGAUCAGAACCAGAUGACGGCGAUGGCAGGAGCUGCGAUGUGUCUGAGAACCCCUCGGAAUUAAACCAUGCAGCUCAAGCGUCACCCAAAAGUGGCCGUGAGAAGGACGAGCUGCUGCAGCCUGACCCACCUGACCAUCACACUUCAACCCCGGGCGCCAUGCCUUCAGAAAACUCUCAGGUGCUUUCAGAUGGGGCCGUUGCAAUUGAUAAAUCAAAGGCACAACAGUUGACUGACAACCCAGACGCGGCGCCCCUGACUCCUGAACUGCAAGACUUCAAGUGCAACAUUUGUGGUUAUGGCUAUUAUGGAAACGACCCGACCGAUUUGAUCAAGCAUUUCCGCAAGUAUCACCUCGGCCUGCACAACCGUACCCGCCAAGAUGCAGAUCUGGACACCAAAAUCCUGGCAUUACAUAAUAUGGUGCAGUUCUCACAAUCCAAAGACUUUCAGAAACUGAGCCGCAAUACCGGCUUGCUAACUGGGAUGUUACAGGAUCUGAAUGCUCAGCGACCCGCCUUAUUGAAUGGGACCUAUGAUAUACACGUUACUCUGGGAGGAAUGUUCAUUGGCAUAGGGCGCAAAACCCCCGACUGCCAAGGCAACACCAAGUAUUUCCGAUGCAAGUUCUGCAACUUCACCUACAUGGGCAGCUCAUCGAGUGAACUGGAGCAGCACUUCGUGGCAGCACAUCCCAAUAAGAUGAAGAAUGUGCCUUCCGCCCCGGAGUCCGGAAAGGACGCCAAUAAAUCUGAGAAAAACGCCAGCAAAGGCAGCCCCGCCACAGAGCGCCAUUUACUUCGCACGUCCGACCCUGAAGAUGCAGGGAAAUGGCAAGACAAGUCCACCAUCAAGGCGGCUGAUGACACUCCCAUCGGCUACUCCGUUCCCAUCAAGUCCAUGGACACCUCCAAGCAGAACGGGGUGGACUCCACCUGUUACUUCUGGUGCAGGUUCUGCAGUUUCAGCUGCGAGUCCUCGGACACGCUAAAGCUCACGGAUCAUUACAAUAAGCAGCACCAGGAACACCAGCGCAACAGCUACUUUAACAGAGAAUUCCCGGACAAAAUUAGCAAACCAGUGGCGGCCCUCAAUCAGAGCGACUCUCCGAAAGAGCGCAAGCUUCAAGCGGCCAGUAAAUCGGACGCCGAGUUCCCGGUGAAAGCAGAGAAAGGCGCGACUUCAUCCAAAAAGAAGGACGGCACCAAGUCCACAGAGGAGAACGUGGUCACCAGCUACAACUGUCAGCUGUGCAAGUUCAGGUACUCCACCAGCCAUGGGCCAGACGUGAUCACAGUUGGGCCCCUGCUGCGCCAUUACCAUUACAUCCACAAUGUUCACAAGUGUACCAUUAAGCACUGCCAGUACUGCCCUGGCGGGCUGUGUGGCCCAGAGAAACACCUCGGAGAAAUCACCUAUCCCUUCGCUUGCAGGAAAACAAACUGCUCGCACUGCACCCUGUUGCUCUUGCACUCGCCCCAGGGGGCAGGGGGCAGUGGUCGGGUGAAACACCAGUGCGACCAGUGCUCUUUCACUGUCCAGGAUGUUGAUGUGCUCCUGCAGCAUUACGAGGCCUUACACGGCCCGGCCAAGGUCGAGGAUGGCCAACACGGAGGCGACGGACAAUUGCCUGGCGAGGAAACUGAAGAGCAUUGUUGCACCAAAUGUAACUUUGUCACACAGGUGGAGGAAGAGAUUUUCCGGCACUAUAGGAGAGCUCAUAACCUCUACAAGUGCCGUCAGUGCAAGUGGAGCGCUCCCGACACGCAAGCUUUACUGGACCACUUCAACACAGCUCAUUGUGGGGCCCAGGAGCCGGCGAGCAGUGGGAGCCCCAGCAGCGGGGAGUUGUCGCCAAACCCUGGCACCAGCAACCACAACCCGGGUAAUGGUGAGCAGGAGGUUCGGCACCGCACACCCACCCCGUCGGACAGCAGUGGCAGCAGUCAACCCAUGCCUCUGGCAGCGGCUACAGCAGCAGCGGUGGCAGCGGCAUCGCCCGAGGACAAGGAGGGGCGGGGUUGGCUUGUGAGCAGCAAGGAAGACACCAGGAAGCAGGGGGAGCUGCCUAAGGGGAGCCCAUACCCAGGCCAGCCCGGCCCCACCACCACCACCACCAACAACAACACCAAUAGCAGCAGCAGCAGCAGCCUGGAGGGUCACAAGAGCAGCCGCAGGGUGGCCGAGGAAGCAGACGGGAGCCUUCCCGUGUAUGGGAUGCAGCCCGCCGACGCCAAGGGCUUCCCAGGCGGGUUGCAGCAGCAGCUACCGGGAGGAGGCGAGCGGGACAAGUCCCGUGCCCCCACUCCCCAGUACCCCACAAACAGUGAGCUGAACAAGGCGAGGGAGGAGUCGCAGACUCUGCUGCGGAGGCGAAGAGGCUCGGGGGUUUUCUGUGCCAACUGCCUGACUACAAAGACCUCUCUCUGGAGGAAGAACGCAAAUGGUGGAUACGUCUGCAAUGCUUGCGGCCUGUACCAGAAGCUGCAUUCGACUCCGAGGCCCUUAAAUAUUAUAAAGCAAAGCAACGGGGAGCAGAUCAUUCGAAGGAGGACCCGAAAGCGGCUUAACCCCGAAGUAUUGCAGACUGAGCAGGUCAACAAACAGCAGAGGGUAAGCAAUGAGGAGCAGCUAAGCGACAGCCCACUAGACCGGAAAGUGGGGGAGCUCCCUUCAGAAGGUCAGCAUCGGGAGCCUCAGCAGUCUAACCUGAGCAAACUUGAUCUCUUUAGUUCUGUGAGUAAACCACAUCAGGGCCAAUCCACACUGGUGGUUGGCCAGGCAGUGGACCUUCACAGAAGAAUGCAGCCUCUCCACGUACAAGUCAAGAGCCCUCAGGAAACCAGUGUUGACCCAGCAAAUUGUUUGCCUACUUCAGAAGGGAAAGGAAGCUCAGAACGUGGGAGUCCAAUUGAAAAAUACCUUAGACCCACCAAGCACCCAAAUUACUCGCCUCCUGGAAGCCCCAUUGAGAAGUACCAGUAUCCUUUAUUUGGAUUUCAAUUUGUGCAUAGUGAUUUACAAAACGAAGCUGAUUGGCUGAGGUUCUGGAGUAAAUAUAAAUUGUCAGUCGCUGGGAAUCAACACUACCAUAUGCCUGGCCUGUCAAAUCCUUGCCAAAACUUUGUGCCUUAUCCUGCCUUUAGCCUGCCUCCAAGUUUCUCGUCCCUUGGAUCUGAUAAUGACAUUCCUUUAGAUCUGGCAACAAAGCAUUCCAGGUCGGGACCAGCUGCAAAUGGUGCCACAAAGGACAAAGCCAAUGCAUCAGUGGCCACCGCAGAGGAAAGCGUAGAAAUCGUGGUCAAAACUCCGGACAAAGUUGACCGAGGCACUCAAGAUGAAUCACUGACAAAGUGCGUCCAUUGCAGCAUUCUCUUUAUGGAUGAAGUGAUGUAUGCAUUGCAUAUGAGUUGCCACGGUGAGAGUGGACCUUUCCAGUGCAGCUUAUGCCAGCAUUUCUGUACAGACAAGUAUGACUUCAUGACGCACAUUCAGAGGGGCCUGCAUAGAAAUGUGCAAACUGAUAAAAAGUUGCAAAGCUAAGGAAUAGAAGUUUUAGUACUGUAACACAAUGAGUACAUGUUGCAUUUGGGAGAACAAUCAGAAUAUUAUUUUUCUAAAAAAGAGUAAAUGUUAAACAUUUGAAAAUGAUGGUGCCUGACACAUUGUAUAAUUUUUUUCUAUAAAGUAUGCAACAAAAAUAUUGCAUUAUGCUUUAGAGUCAGAAUACUGAUUCUUUUCUAGCUGUUUACAUUGUGCAAAUGUAGCAAAAGAAGUAAUGAAGCAUCUAUUUCAAUUUCAUUAGAAUUUUUUUUUCUUUCAUUAUAGUAGCCCUGAAUACCAUCAUGAAAUAAAUACGGUUGUUGCAAAUGCAAUGUAUGGAUGAAAAGUAGAUGAACGUAUUUUUCAUGCUUAAAUAGGGGAAAAAAAAGAGGGUAGCACUAUGCAUUCCACUUAAUGAAUAUUAAUGUAUUUUGUGUUAUCUAUCAAAGCUCUUAAUUCAUAUUGUUAAGCUUGAAAAGACUAUAUGCACAUUUGUUAAUUGCUUUUCAAUAUUAUGUUUCAAGUGACACAGUUUGGAAGUUGAUGGUUCUUAUCAAAUGACGUUGGAAUCAUGAUCUUCUGUUGGUUUUGUUUAUUUUCCAUAGAAUCAUACAUCAAUCAGUCUUAUAAUGAAAUGCAGUCUUGUUUCCAUGCAGAGGCAGUGUUUCCAAGGUGCUUUAAAACAUUUACUAAUUUUAGAAACCUGGAAAUAGAUCUUAGCUUUUACAAUUUUCCUUUGGUUUUCAUAUCUAACAAUAUUAUUCAAUGAUGCAUCCCAGUAAAAUGAUUCAAAUCCGAAGAAAGCUAAAAGGAACCACUGCCUCUGGUUGAGGAGCAACUGGGACAUGUUCCCAACUUUCAUCAUGCAUGUAAUUUAGUGAUGUUUAUUUCUUUUUUUUUUUUAAUCGCACCUACACAUUCUUUCUGUAUCUUCCAUGAAAGCUAUUUCAGACAGAAAUGAGGUCAUUUACAUCUAAACUUGAAUAAUAAAGUUUUACCAAAA